AUGUAAUCUAAAGAUGAAUACAUAAGUUUACCAAAAGUAUCAGCUAGCAACAAUAUUAAUCAAGCAAUUGAUUUGCAUUGGAGAAAUAUUACAGUAACAGUUUCUACGGUAUAAAUCCUGUAUUAAUGAUUAAAGAGAAAUACUUAAAAGAGACCAAAAGUGACAGAUCCUUUGUUAGAUUAAAAAGAUGGGAAAAUAAUUUUGAAUGAUGUUUCAGGAUAUGCAAAAGCAGGAUAAAUGACAGCAAUAAUGGGACCAUCUGGUGCAGGUAAAACAACUUUGGUUGCUUUAUUGAGCAAAAGAUAUAAACCAGGGCCAAAUACAAAUAUAAGUGGAGAUAUUCUAGCAAAUAAUUGUAAAUACAAAAGAUUUAAUGAUUUUGGGGCAUUUGUAAUUUAAGAUGAUUUAUUAAUGGCCACGAUGACUGUAAAAGGUAUUAGAUGUAAAUGAUUUUAGAAACACUUAUGUUUGCAGCUAAUAUGAGAUUAAAAGAUAAUUUAGCAUUAAAAUUGGCUAGAGUUGAUUAAAUCAUCAAAGAUUUAAAUUUAAGAAGUUGUUAAAAUACUUUGGUUGGAGAUAAUAUCAUAAAAGGAAUAUCUGGAGGAGAAAAAAAAAGAACGUCUAUUGGGAUGGAAUUAAUAAGUGAUCCUCCAGUUUUGAUAUUGGAUGAACCAACUUCAGGUUUAGAUUCUUUUACUGCAUUUAUUUGUAUGAAUAUACUUAAAAAGAUCACAAUUAAGUAUUUUAAUUUUAAUAAAAUUAAGUUAAAAAAGGACAGUCAUUUUUACAAUACAUUAGCCAAGUGUUGAUAUUUGUUAAUUAUUUGAUAGAUUAAUCAUCUUAAAUAAUGGAGAAACUAUCUAUUAAGGAGAUUAUAGUUUACUUUUGAAUUAUUGUAGAUAAGUAAAUUUAGAUAUAGAUAUUCAUUCAACACCUUUAGAUUCAAUAAUGAAUAAUCUUAAUGAAAAUUUUAAUUUGGGUGUUAAUAAGGUCACUAAUGAAAAUUAUAGAUUAUAUUUAGAAUAAGAUGUAGAGAAAUUCUAAUCUGAAUAUAAUGAAUAUUAAAAAAGAAGAACUUAAACAUCUUUUUGUUAAGAAAUGAAAUAUCUAAUGAAAAGAUAAUUUACUAAUUAUGUUAGAAGUCCUAAUCUAUUAAGAAGUAAAAUAUUUGGAUCAGUCUUUAUGUUAUUAUUUUUGGGAUGGCUCUAUUGGUAAGUAGGCAAAGAUUAACCUUCUCAAGAUGAAAAUGUAAAUAUAGAUGUUCUAAGCAAAUAUUUAAAUAAUAUGAGAGGAGCCUGUUUUGUUUGUGGAACUUCAGCAAUAUUUUCUGCUUUAGGACCAUUAUUAAUGUUAUGUAUAAAUAUUAUUAUACUUUAGUUCCUGUUGAAAGAAAUAUUUUUUUAAAAGAAGAGAACUCAAAAAUGUAUAGAGUAUCUUCAUACUUUUUGAGUAAAGUUUGUUUAGAGGUUCCUAUGAAUGUAACAAUUUAAAUUCUAUUUUCAAUUGCAUUAUAUGCUACGUUUGGUUUUAUUUGGUAACUUGAAAAUGUGAUACUCUUUACUGUUAUUAGUGUUUCAGUUUCAUUAAGCGGAAAUGGAUUAGGAAUGUAUGGAUUUUAAUGUUAUAAUUAGAUUUACUGGAUGUUUAUUUAAAGAUGCUAAACAAUCUGCUUCAUUAGGUCCAAUACUCUUGAUUCCACUUUAAGUAUUUAGUGGAUAAUAUGCAAAUUUAGCUUCUAUUCCUAAAUUUAUUAGUUGGGUUCAAUAUAUAUCAGUAUAAUAUUCAUUAUUAAAUAGCCAUUUAAAUACUUUUUAGAAGGAUUUGGAAGGACUUAAUUAAAUGAUGUUACUUUUCACUUAGAUCCUACAGGAAGAGUUAUAUCUCCAUGGGAUUAUUAUGGAAUGCAUUUUGGAAUGUGGAAUUGUGCAAUCGUAUUAAUUUCUAUAGCAGUUAUGUUUCAUGUUUUUGGUGGAGUCUUUUUAAAACUUUUAGUCAAUAAAAUAAAUGUUUGA